GCCGCCCGCGGGAGCUCUCCGGCGGCUGGAACGGCAGCGGCGCGCAAGGCGGGCGGUGCAGGCGCCAACCGCCCGGGGCGCGGCGGGAGGCGGCGCGGGGAGGCUGGUGGAGGUCCCCGGGCUGCCGGUCAUGAUCGACUCCGUGAAGCUCCGGCGCGACUGCGCGGCCGACUUCUUCUCGCACUACGAGUACCUGUGCGCGCUGCAGGACUCGGUGCCGCUGCCCGCCGUGCGCGCCUGCCUGCGGGAUGGCGUGCUGGACUUCAACGCCGACCGGCUGCGCGCGGUGGACUGGGCGCCGCUGCUCAGCACGCUCAGGGUGAACCGCGACCUGCCGCUGGUGGCCAUCAAGAGCUCCUUCCAGCCGUGGCUCGGGGAGACAGGUUCUGAUACACACAGAGUCUGCAGAAAUCGAGUUCCAGCAGUAAGAUCCAAAGACGUGAGCUUGCAGUUAUGUAAGGCUCUUAAAGGCUGUUUAAGUUUAUCAACUGUGCUAAGAAAUCUGGAGCUAAAUGGGCUGAUUCUGAGAGAGAGAGAUUUGACUAGUCUAACAAAGGGAUUGAGUAAAUCGGCCUCUUUGGUCCACCUGUCUCUUGCGAAUUGUCCAAUUGGAGAUGACGGUUUAGAAAUUAUUUGUCAAGGCAUAAAGAACUCUGUCACUCUCAAGACUGUCAACUUCACAGGAUGUAACCUGACAUGGCAAGGAGCCAGUCACAUAGCUAAGAUCUUAAAGUACCAGACCAUGAGAAGGCAUGAAGAGACCUGGGCUGAGAGUCUUCGCUACAGGAGACCAGAUCUUGACUGCAUGGCUGGCUUGAGGCGCAUCACGCUGAAUUGCAACACACUCAUUGGUGACCAAGGUGCAAGUGCUUUUGCGGACUCUCUUAGUGAGGAUUUAUGGCUUCGAGCACUUGACCUGCAGCAGUGCGGCCUCACCAGUGAAGGAGCCAACGCUUUACUAGAGGCCCUGGAAAACAACAGGACCCUGGUCGUUCUGGAUAUACGGAAAAAUCCACUUAUUGAUCAUUCUGUAAUGAAAGCAGUUAUCAAAAAGGUUCUCCAGAACGGAAGGAGUGCAAAGUCAGAGUACCAGUGGAUAACGUCCCCAUCAGUGAAGGAACCGCCCAAAAGCACCAAGCAGAAAAAGAGAACAAUUGUCCUAGGAAGCAGUCGGAAAGGAAAAGCUACCAUUAGAAUUGCUACAAAGAAACCUGUGAGUAAUGGGAGAAAACCUGGGCUCAGUAGAGACAGCUAUGCUCCUGACCCUCGGCCACCAGGCGUGUCUGGCUUCUUGCCCUGGCGCACAGCAGAACGCGCAAAAAGAAACAGGGGGUUUCCAUUAAUCAAAACUCGUGAUAUAUCUAAUCAUCUCAAGCAACCAGAUUUUCCAGUGACUGUGACAGUAGAGAGUCCUUCAUCUUCAGAAACUGACGAGGUUGAAGAUUCUUCAGAAAGUAGCCAUGAAGUGCCUCAGAAAGCCAGCGUAAAGCAAGAAACAUUACAGGACAAACUGGAGGAAUGCCUAAAUCAGCUGAAGGAGGAAAGAGUAAUCCGGCUCAAGGCUAACAAGCGAGUCAGUGAGCUGGAACAUGAAAAUGCCCAGCUAAGAAAUAUAAAUUUCUCCCUGUCGGAAGCCCUUCAUGCACAGUCGUUGACGAACAUGAUUCUGGACGACGAAGGAGUCUUGGGCAGCAUUGAGAAUUCUUUCCAGAAGUUUCACGCUUUCUUGGAUCUCCUUAAAGAUGCUGGGCUUGGGCAGCUUGCCACUAUGGCUGGUAUAGAUCAGUCAGAUUUCCACCUGUUAGGUCGUCCCCAGAUGAAUUCUACAGUUAGUGGCCCUGUGGAGGAGAAGAAAGUACUUGAAGAAGAAAACCCAGAUCCGAAACAGAAUGCUGAAGGUCCAGUGCAGAAUAUCCAAGUUCCCGUUUCUGCACAAGAAGCGUGGGUGGCUUCCAGAGACACGCUGGGAGUGGCAGCCCCGGAGCAGCAGGAGAGAUCUGCAGCAGGAUUCGUCGCUCGGACAGGCUCUCCUUUAGCAGAUGGGAUUCCUGGAGGCGGGAGUCAAAGAGAAGCGUCCGUGUCGUUGAAACACAGCAGGUCUUCUUCAGAGAAGGUGACCACCAUGAGUGAGCACUCCAGAAGAUACUCCACAGAGAGGCACUCUGGGAAGGACCUGCUUUCCGACUCCGACUUGCCUGCGAACUCAAAAAGCAAAGGAACCGGGGGGAAAAGGUCUUUGCUUAAUGAGCCAAUUAAAAGUGAAUCUUUGAAAAACUAUGUUUCUGUCAAGAAAGAAAACAGAAUUGUGACUGUCUCAUCCAAGACUAUCAAAAGUAAACCCAGUCCUCUAGAACAUUCUGAAGGGGAUACUGUUGGGUCUGAUUUUGAAAUUCAGGAAAGUGUCCAUUCCUCAGCACACCUGACAUAGCUCUACCCUUUUGAAAUUAUGAUUUUGCCUUCAAAUUUUAAUAAAUUUUCGUAUGUUUUUAUUAUA